UUAUAUUCGCUAAAAUGAUUUUUAUGUUGUAAUUAUAUAAUGAAAAAUGCAUAAUAACUCGAUACCAGUAGUCUCGUGUUAUAAUCGUACUGCAAUGGCCGACUUCGCGGCUCACUUAUCAUUUCCCUAACUUCAUGAUUGUUGUGCUCGGCAUUUGUUUGCGCUGAAGUUCGUCUCCAAUGGAAUUGUUAUUGCUGGGAUCGAAGAUCAAUUGAAAUUUAUCAAAAGCAGAAAAAAGACAUUUGGUGUAUAGUGUUCCAUGCGUCACAUGGAAGUCUCCUAGUUAGGGUUCUCACACGUAACCCGGUGAUAUUCCAAGUUCAGUGUCAAACACUUAGUCGUUGGAACAAGAGUGCAGAAAUAGCUUAGAGAAGAUAGUUCUAAGAUUCGAAGGAAGUUCUACGGUGUGUUGUACUUUAUUGAGAAAAUCAUGGGAUCGCUGAGUCUCCUUUGUCCCAUGUGUUGCGGGGAGAGUUUCGACAACUCACAGACAUUAAAAAGUCACUUGCUAAGCAUGACAAACAACUUAUACUGCCCUCGUUGUUCUGAGAGAUUGGACUCUGUAAUGGCUCUUAUUCAGCAUUUAGAUGGUUGUGGUCAUGGUACAGAGGCUGCAAUACAUUUAGUUGCUGAAGUCGAUCCUGAAUUAGAACCAGAGCUAGAGGUAGAACAAUUUGAAGCAGAGUCAGAAGUUGACGAGUCAAAGGAAGAGACAGAAGUUUUAAUGGAAGCUAGUGUUGAGCAGAUUGAUCAAGGAUUUUUAGCAGCAGUAAACGAUGGAAAAAUAAUGAUAGUUGGUGGUUCUCGUACAAUACAAGUAGAUGAAAAUGGCCAAAUCGAAGUAGUAGAAAAAAUGGAUACAGAAUCAGAGGAGCUUGAGGUACCAACGUCAUCCAUACAAAACAUGGAGAAGCUCUCUCCAAUUAAUGAGCCUUCUGAAGAAAAGGAUACUUCUGGAGAUUCACUGGCUAAUCUGACAUCUGCAGGCAAUGGAAUUAAGUCAGAGAGAAAAGAUAUGAUGUCCAUUUUACCAGACAAUUCAGAUCUCCUCAAUGAAGAGGAUGAGACUUUGAUGGGCAUGGACCAUGUAAACGACGUCCAAGAACUGAAUGAUACUGGGCUUCUUGAAGUCAAGCAGGAACUUUGUGAGAUAGAAUCCGAAGCACUCUAUAGUUGCAGCAGUUGUGGAAUGAGUUUCAAUUCCGUCCUGGAACAUAUAAAGCAAUACCACGAUGGACAGGAAGUUGUUCUCGAAAUGGCUGAACAGCAACUAGACAGUAUCGCAGCUUCAGUUGAGCCAGCCGUUCUUGAAGAACCAACCGCAGUCAUACCGCCUCGUCAACGGCAAACAAUGAACACUCUACGCACCGAAGAAUGCGUCGACAGUGAAGGAAGACUCUACACCAGAAAGGUUGUGCAGAUAGAAAGAUUUUGGGACCGUCCAAUGAGCGGAAGUCGUUCCUCCAAAGCACCAAUGAUAGAGAAAUUCUUCUCUAACGCUGAAGGUGUCAAGGUACGCGACAAAACGGUAGCGGCAGCACCAGUAAGGAUGUACCGUUGUAACCAGUGCUUGGAGCAAUUUCCAAAGCUUGGGGAUUUUCGCGUCCACGCGUGCCUUCGUGGUACUAAUCGGUGUGAUAGGUGCGAUCAGGCGUUUGCAACUGCACGCGCGUUGCAGGUGCAUUCAAAAGUGCACGAAGUCGACAGUAAUGGUGGUCAAAGAGUCUUCCUUUGCUCUGCAUGUGGUACAGAGUUUUCUUCCCAUAAGAGUCUACGACUUCACUCAAGGAUGCAUGCGCCAGUGAGGUCGCGACAUGUAGAUGCUCCUGAAGGUACUCACAGUGCUACGUUUACCUGCCUAGAAUGUGGGAAAACAUUGUCGGAAUCUUACAGAGAUGCUCACAUGGCUCUACACACUGGCGAUUCUGUUACUUGUAGUGUAUGCAAUAGAAAAUUUGACUCCGCAGACAGCCUUGCUAUGCAUGCAGCUGUCCAUUCGGAUGCUAAUCGUUCUCAUUCGCCCACACCUCCCGCUAGAGAUAUUAAUGCAUCCCCAGUAGAUGCAGCGGCGGAAGCAGCUGCUGUAGAAAGCGGUGGUGGUGAUAUUGAUAAAGAAAAACCAUAUCAGUGCCAACACUGUGGCAGAAGAUUUACUAGACCUCAUGAGAAAGUUAAGCACGAGCGUAUUCAUACUGGAGAGAAACCACAUGCCUGCGAAGUUUGCGGCAAAACUUUUCGAGUGUCUUAUUGCUUAACAUUACACAUGAGAACACAUACUGGUGUAAGACCUUAUGCUUGUCAACACUGUGGCAAACGAUUCAAAGCUUCAUCGGUUUACAAUCAUCACUUGCUCACUCAUGGCGAGGAAAGAGCAUAUACUUGUCCGUACUGUCCCAAAACCUUCAAGACAAGAGUGCAGCUUGCGGGGCACAAGAACAGUCAUACAAAACCUUUCCGAUGCACAGAAUGCUCUAGACCUUUUGCAUCGUUAUAUGCAGCCCGUGCUCAUAUUCAGACUCACAAGAAAGACAAUAACCUCAAGUUUAGUUGUUACAUCUGUGGUGCAUCCUAUGGUCGUGCCUUUGCAUUGAAGGAUCAUCUGAAGCAACAUGGUCAGGAUGUUCUUACACCGCCAGAACCCGCUCGCGAGGAGGAAGUUCGUGAGGUUGAUGAUUAUUUACUUGCGGAGGAAGAGGCUGAGGACGAACUUGUUAUACCUUCGCCUCUCCCGGGUGCACAGUCAUCUGAUGUCGAAGAGUCAGAUUGAGGUUAACCUAGUCAAUUCUACACAACAAAUGUUUUCAUCGUGAAACGAAUGAUUGCAAUUAGUGAUCAUUCAAAGACAUAUUUCUCAAUGAGAAGUUCUUUAACUUUUGAAAGUUCCACCAGCCGUUUCUGUGGACUUGUCGAGUAAUUUUGCAUCCGUCGAUGAUUGUAUUCUUUUAUUCUACAUAUUUUAGUUUUCACCUGUUCUUCUUAUUUAAUGAAAAUUGAGAUUCGUUAUGGUUUUAGCCAGUGAGUUUUACGUCUUGUUGUUCUUUAACGGGAAAAGAUGACUUUUCCUUUUCUUUUGUAAUUGAAUUAUGCAAUGUUGAAGCGAGUAAUUUACUCAUAGCUUUUCUUUUUAACGUGACUGCUGGUUAAUGCGAAUUAUUUUUAUAUGAACAUUCAUGCAAUUUUGCCAUUAGUCGAAAUACAUCGUAAAACAUGAAUUUCAUUGUGUCGUUGCGAUAAUUCAAAAUGCCCUUAAGUUGCAAUAAUCAGAAGCUUAUUGGAUAACUGAACAGGAAUUGAGGAUGAUCUCGUACGGACUCGUAUUUUAAAGGAAUUUUUCAAUCGGGAAUUACAAGCACAUAAACCUACUCCUCUGAUGUCUUCAGAUUCGAUAUAAAGAAAAUGUCGAGAAACAUCCAGAAAUUUGUUGACUUUCUAUUUCAAAGUCGCAAGGUAUUAAGUUUUAUACUAAGGCAUUCAAAUGUCUUCAUGUUAUAAAUUAAUACCGAAUUACUUUCCACUAUUAUGCAAUACUGUCGAUCGAGAACAAAUCGUUUAUUGUUUCAUUGACGUUUAUUGUAUUGUGAAUUUUUAACUAAUUCAAUAUUUUCUUACUUAAUUCUAAACAAUUUGAAGCAACUUCAACUUUGUUGCUUCAUCGAUGAAAAAUAAAAAGCCGGUACAAGAUUUAUAUAAUUUGAAAUUUGCUAUUCGAAAAAGAAAGGGAAUGAGUAUCUUCUUUUAAUGAAGAAAAAAAUAAAAUGUACUAGCAGGAUAGAUAUAUACAGAUAGAUAUGAAACAAUAAUUAAUUGAUUUUGCUCGAUGAUCAUUAACGAGGAUAAAAUAAAUUUAAAAAAUGUUCUACAUCUAGGAAUACCUAGAGGUUGACUGAUUAGACAUUAAUUUGUUCAGUACAAAGAGAAAAGAAUUAAAACCGCUGACUAGUGCAAUACUAGAAGAGUAACAGCCAUUUAUUUCUUUAGAAAUAUUGCUCGUACCUUCUAGUAAUGGUUGUAUCGAUUUCUGAGUGUCUUGAGGUUGAGAGUGCCUAGACGGGAGUGAAGAUAAUGUAGAAGAAAUGAUAAAGAGCUAAUGGGAUUGUAAAAGAAAAAAAAGAGGAAAAGAUAUUGUUCUCCCUUAGAUGGAAGAAAAUGAAAACAUAAAAUUCUAUUGUCUGUCGUUAAAAACAGGAAAACAUGUUGACAAGUAGCUUGAUACUGUUUUGUAUCAAUUAUACAAAUACAUUAAUUAAAUGUAUUGCGUUCAUUCUGCCAAAUAAAAUACUUUAGUACCUCGA